AUGGCGGCGGCGCCGGAGGAGCUGCUCUGCGCGGCGGCGAAGUCCGGUGAAGAGGAGGAAGUCGCUAAACUCCUUGCCUCAGGAGCUGACGCGACCCACUUCGAUGCCGACGGCUUGACCCCGCUCAUGCACGCGGCCGCGGGGGGGCACGCCGGCGUUGCGCGCCUCCUCCUCGACUGCGGUGCGCCCUGGAACGCGCUCUCCCCCUCGGGCCUCUCAGCAGGGGACCUAGCCUCGGACCCCGACACCUACGACAUCCUCCUCGACCACGCCCUCCUCUCCGAGCUCGUCCUUGGCACCGUCGCGCGGCGGCAAGCGGUCCCCGCGAACGCCUCGGACGGUGCCCCGGCCGAGGGCUACCUCGAAUCCAGGGUCUCGUUCAGCGAGGAGAGGGUGAUGGACGCGGAGAGCAAGGCAGUGAUGAUGGCGUGGGAGCGGCCGCUGAUGGAGGCGCACGCGCGGGCGGUGUGCCAAGGCGGUGGCAAGGUGCUCAACGUGGGUUUCGGGAUGGGGCUGGUGGACGAGGCGAUACAGAGGUACGAGCCCGAGGAGCACACCAUCGUCGAGGCCCACCCAGAGGUGUACGAACGGAUGCUCAAGCUCGGGUGGGGCGAGAAGAAGAACGUCAGAAUCGUGUUCGGCCGAUGGCAGGACGUGAUGCCGCAGCUCGGAUCUUAUGACGGUAUAACAUAUCUUCUACCUUUGCUUAUUCAUUUCAGUGUUGUCAUGUUUGGUCAUCGAUGUUGCAAUGAUAAAUGCUUUCUUGUCUGGGGACUGGGGGUUGCAUUAUCCAUGGUAUGCCUAGUAGGGAUUCAGGAGUAUGGAGAAGUUGGGCAAAAGCUGAAGAUAGGAAAUUUCUGGAGCAUAUUUUUUGACACAUACGGGGAAUACUACGAGGACAUGAGAGAGUUCCACCAACACCUUCCUAAGCUACUGAAGCCCGGAGGCAUCUACUCAUACUUCAAUGGCCUCUGCGGCGACAAUGCGUUCUUCCACGCCGUGUACUGCCAGCUUGUCGCGUUAGAGCUAGCCAAUCUGGGGUAUUCGACGCAGUUCAUCCCUUUGCCGGUCAAAGAUUGCCUGGCGGAAGAAGUUUGGAAGGGCGUGAAGCAGAAAUACUGGCAACUGGAUACCUACUACCUCCCUGCUUGCCAGUCAGAAUCAGAAUCAGAGUGA